UGUUCUUCCUUAAAAUGUCUGUUUAUAAGGCUUACAAUUCUAGGUGAAGACACUUCAACACAGAAGAGUUUUUCUGUUUUGACACCGUACCACCUAGUUCUUCUUACGAUCAUCAUGGGAGUCAAAACUGUGUCUAUUCUGGCCUGUGUACUCGUCGCCCUCCUGGGUACUGGAGCAUAUCCAUCCAACUGUCACAACCAUCCAACAUCCAACUGUCAUUAUCGUGUCUGUCCAAAUGGGUAUUCUACUGCCAAGGCUGGCUCACACCGUUGCUUCCAAUUGGUGACAAAACAAAUGGGAUGGCAGGACGCCCUUGACUACUGCAAGAAGGAUGGGGGCACCCUAGCUUCUGUUCACGGUUAUCAAGAAUACCAAUUUCUACUUUCCAUGGUGAAGAAGACCCAGGGCAUAUCGGCUUAUUCCUGGAUAGGACUGAAUGAUCUGGAUCAGGAAGGGAGUUUUGUGUGGACAGAUAGGAGUGACACUGAGUGGUUCUGGUCUAAAAGUGCCAGAGCUCAGCAGUGGGGAGAGGAAGACUGUGUGGCGCUGAACUCUUAUACAGGGGCUGAAGGCUUCGAUGACAUUACCUGUUCAAGUGGCUGUACCUUCAUCUGCAUGAGGGCAGCAGUAGUCUAAAAUGACGGAGGAAUACAAUACAAUACCAGAGAGUGGGAAGGGAUUUCUAUACUUUUGCACACAAUGGGAAUGUUUUCAAAGUACAUUUUGCCAUUGCUUUUUAAGUGUUGUCUAAUGUUUGGAACUACUAAAGUAAGUAAGUUCUACUAACCAAGGGGGAACCCCCAAAAAGUGUCAAAUUACCUUUUUUUAAAUGGCAGACAGGAUAGUGUUCUGUUUACAACUCAAAUGAUUCUCUAUACUCACAGGUGGAAAGUUGUAAAUGCUUUGUCCAUUAUAUAAAAUGAGUUUUUCUUGUUAUCCAUCAGUGCUUCUCUGACUUUCAAUAAAUCCU